AGUCUGAGUCUCAUUUCCAGCACUGUGAAAGGAAGUGAUUACUAACUGGACCUACAAAGUCAUCUGUUUAACUUUAAAGAAACUGGAAAUCAGGGUGUGAUUAAUUUUACCAAGGUGAAAGUGAAACUCUGAGCAUUUGGACUGGAGAGAACAACAACAGCAAGAAAAUAAAAUGGCUUUGAAGUUUUCAGAGGAGGAUUUGUCCUGUCCUGUGUGCUGUGAAAUCUUCAAAGAUCCUGUUGUUCUGCACUGCAGUCACAGCGUGUGUAAAGUGUGUUUGCAGCAGUUCUGGGAGCUCAAAGGAUCCAGAGACUGUCCAGUUUGUAGGAGAAAGUCAUCUGUGUCUGAACCUCCCAUAAGCCUGGCCUUAAAGAACCUGUGUGAGACUUUCUUUCAGGAGAGAAGUCAGAGAUCUUCAUCAGGAUCUGAAACAGUCUGCAGUCUACACAGUGAGAAACUCAAACUCUUCUGUUUGGAUGAUCAACAGCCGGUGUGUGUGGUGUGUCAGACUGCAAGAAAACACACCAACCACAAAUUCUGCCCCAUUAAUGAGGCAGUAACAGACUGUAAGGAGGAGCUUAAAAUUGCACUGAAGCCCCUACGGGAGAAACUGAAGAUCUUUAAAGACUGUAAACUGAACUGGUGUCAGACUGCAGAACAUAUAAAGAUUCAGACGCUACACACAGAGCAUCAGAUUAAGGAGGAGUUUGAGAAGCUUCACCAGUUUCUACGAGAUGAAGAGGCAGUCAGGAUCACUGCACUGAGAGAGGAAGAAGAGCAGAAGAGUCAGUUGAUGAAGGAGAAGAUUAAGAAGCUGAACAGAGACAUAUCAUCUCUUUCAGACAAAAUCAGAGCCAUAGAAGAGGAGAUGAGAGCUGAAGACAUCUCGUUCUUACAAAACUACAAGGCCACAGUGAAAAGAGCCCAGAGCACACUGCAGCAUCCAGAGGAGCUUUCAGGAGCACUGAUCCAUGUGGCAAAACAUCUGGCUAACCUGAAGUUCAGAGUCUGGGAGAAGAUGCAAUACACUGUCCAAUACACACCUGUAAUUCUGGACCCCAACACUGUUCAUCCUAAACUCAUUAUAUCUGAUGAUCUGACCAAUGUGAUAUGCAGUGAUGAGAAACAGAAACUUCCUGAUAAUCCAGAGAGAUUUGAUGACUGCUGGUGUAUCCUGGGCUCUGAGGGCUUUAACUCAGAAACACACUGCUGGGAUGUUGAAGUUAGAGACUGUACAGACUGGAUUGUGGAUGUGAUGACAGAAUCUGCUCAGAGGAAUGAGAAUGUAUUCUCCAGAAGUGGUAUCUGGUAUGUGUGGUAUUAUGAUGGUAAAUAUUUCGCAGGUUCUACACCACAUCCAGUCACUCUCCUCCCAGUAGCACAGAAACUCCAGAGGAUCAGAGUGCAGCUGGACUGGGACAGAGGAACGCUAUCAUUCUCCAACCCUCUGACUAACACACACAUACACACUUUCACACACACAUUUACUGAUAAAUUACUGCCAUUCCUACGUGUAACUGGUAAAGAAUCUUCUCUCAAGAUCCUCCCACUUCACUAGUCUGCAAAAGUGAAUCAGAUCAGUUAAUGCUGACAUUGGUUUUAUUCCAGUUCAUUUUUUGUACAUAUGUGAACUAGUGAUGCGCAGAUGAUGCAUCAUCAGGUGUAUGACGCAUUCCACUACCUGUGUUGGAAAAAGUGUUGCUGUUUUGGUGUCAUAAAACACCAACAUCUUGUGGAUUGCAAAAAUAAUAGCAGGUGGCCUUAAUGAAUAACAUUGAAGUACCUUUAAUUUUGAGA